CGGAUGUCCUAAAAGGUAAACGUAGGAAGAUAAACCUGAAUAAACCAUUGCCAUCCUUGGACUUCAGAGCUGUUUCAAUCUAGUUCAAUGAAACCUCAGGAAUGCGUCGCUGAGAAUUUCUAGUCGUUGUUGGCUAAUUUGUGAUAUCAUAUCCACCUUAAAACGUCUAUGGCGAGCAAAGAACGUUCCAGUAGGACUGGAGUUCCGUCUUUACUCAAUUUAUGCUUUGACGUGAUCAAAGAUGACCUCCUUCUCGGUGGUGAUGCUGAUCUCAUCGCCUGCGUUUAUCAACUUCCAUCGGAGUUGUUUGAGCUCUUGUUGCCACUGUUACCACCGUUGUCUUUGCAAAGACUGCAGGAACGAAUGCCAUCUGACUUUUGGGAUGAUCACAGAUCUUCCCCUGAUAACUAUCGCAUUCCAAGAAAAAAGAGAAGAUAUGUGGGUUUUGAGAAAGCUUGGGAGGCUUUGUAUAAAGCACGCUGGCCUGAUUGUGACAAGAAAUAUUUGCAAUGGCGAAUAUUCUCAUUACAGAACGUAAUCAAAAGAAGGGAGUCAAAGCAUGAAUUCUCUCAUGACUGGCAGCAGAUUUACUGGGAGAAACAUCUACAGAACUGCAGAGAUAGCUAUGUUACCCUCUUUUGAAGGUCAUAUUGGUGAACUUAAAGUUCCUGAUUCUAUACUGAAGUACAUUGGUUGUAGGGGACACUUACCUAACUCACCUCAUGACCCCUCAAAGCUCUCGUAUCACUGCCAACAAUUUGGAUUAUAUGCCUGUUAUCUGAGGCUACCUGGUGUGCUUUGUGUCGCAGAAACCUGUCAUUUGUUAAGAAAUGCUAAAUUGCAGAGUUUGGAACUAAGGUGGAUAAAAUCUCAAACGGGAGAGGAUGUUGAGGGAUUAUGUAAGCUUUUGGGGCAGAAUAGUGGAACUCUGAAGUCCAUUAGUUUUAUAUAUUCCAAGUUUUCUGCAUCAUCUCUGACUGCAAUUUGCAACUCACUAUGCUUCAAUGGUCUUCAAACUCACCAUAUCCAGCAUUUCACUAUCAUGGCAUCAAGACUUCUUUUAGAUAACGAUGGAUCUCUUCUACCCAGUGGGCUGCUGCAUUUCUUAUCAUCUGGGAGGUCAUUGUCCUCAUUGAACUUAUCUGAUAACAAACUUAAUCAAAAGAGUGCGAGGAUGACCUUGCACACACUCCUUAGCACCUUGUCUAGCAUAUCCAUUCUAGACCUUUCAGAAAACAGUAUUAAUGGAUGGCUUUCUCAUUUAAAAUGGCAGUCCACAAGUAGCAUGCACUUGCCUUGUGGGAUGUCCAAUUCAUUGAAGUCUUUACGGGUACUGAAUUUAAGGUAUUAUCUAUAUUUCCUAUUCACAAUCACUAAGCUCAGCAGCGCCUGAAAACUAUGUUGUAUAAGGUGGUUAACAGAUAAGAUAUUGCCAGUGACAGAAAGGGGACUGUGUUUCACUGAUGUUUUUAGUCUUUGCAGGAACAACAAUUUACAAAAGGAUGACGUGGAUUGUCUCAGAUAUGUGCAGAUCUACAUGCCUAAUUUGGAGAGUCUUGAUUUAAGUGACAAUCCCAUUGAGGAUGAUGGAGUCAGGAGUUUGAUUACUUACAUUGAGGAUAAAUGUAAGAUGGUUGAGUUGAGAUUGGAAAACUGUGAGCUUACUUUCAAUGGCGUGAGCCAUCUUUUAGAAUGUCUCUCUACUUUGCAAAAACCACUUACCUCUCUUUCAAUUGGCGGCAACACGCUUGGCAGUGAUAUAGGAGAAUCAAUAGGGAAAUUUAUUUGCACAGGCAUUCUGGCUCUUGACAUUGAUGACAUUGGACUUGGUUCUUCUGGCUUCUCAAAAGCGAGAGAACACAUAGUGGAAGACUCAAAGCUCAUAUGCAUCAACAUAAGCAAGAAUCGUGGUGGCAUUGAAACUGCAAACUUUAUGUCAAAGCUUUUUUUACAUGCACAAGAACUAUUAGCCAUUAAUGCUGGAUAUAACCUUAUGCCUGCUGAAUCAUUGGCAAUCAUAGGAUCUGGCCUUGAAGUUGCAAAUGGGAAACUAGAGUUCUUGGACUUGAGUGGGAAUGUAUCAUGUCAAGACCCUGCUGAGGCAUCUGUGCUUGCUAAGUUUGAAGUCUAUGGAAAAUUAGUUAUCGACUCUGCGUCAUCUUCAACGCUUAAUGCACCUUAUGAUGAUGAUCCAUAGUUACCUAUAAGGGGAAUGGAUUAUUAGUUUUAUUAUUAUUAUUAUUAUUGUUAUUGUUAUUGUUAUUGUUAUUGUUAUUGUUAUUGUUAUUGUUAUUGUUAUUGUUAUUGUUAUUGUUAUUGUUAUUGUUAUUGUUAUUGUUAUUGUUAUUGUUAUUGUUAUUGUUAUUGUUAUUGUUAUUGUUACCGUUACC